CUUAUACUUAAAUAUGUUUCUUUUAAUCUAAAACCCACUGCAGGAAAACUUUCUUCUAAGACACGAUGAUGAUCAUGCCGAAGGAAAUGGCCAAGUUGUGCAAGAAAAAGGUUGUAGUAAUUAGUGUCUAUGUGGAGAAGCCAACAAAGAGAAAGGUUACAUCAAAAAGUCACCGUCAUCACCACCACCACCACCAUUGCCACUAUUAUAAUCAUCAGAAUAUCAAACAAGAGGUAACUGCAAACAAAUAUGGUGACAGUAUUAAUGCUGGUAAAGGGUUCAGCAGAAGAGCUCAGCUUCUUCUCUACUCUCAACGUCUCAGGGAGUCGGCUGAUCAUCGUCCUGUGGAAUCAUCUCACUUGGAUCCAAUUCCAAAGCCGAUCUCUUCUAAUGUCAUGCAGCCUACAGAAAAUAUUGCCGUUGUCCAAAGAAAGCCAAAGUAUGACAACACUCCUGCUUGCUUAGGCAAGUGGAAAAUCUCGAAAUUCAAGUUCUGCAGAUCCUUGACACGUGUCCAAAUCAAGAACGAUAAGAAGACAAAGCACUCUGGUUCUACAAGCAAUGCUGUGAUGAAUAACCUAAAGGUGCAAAAGAAGAGAGGUUUUAUAUCAAAGUUUUUAGCAGUGCUGCAAAAGCGCAGAUAAAGCUUCAGUAGGGCUUCAAUGAGAUAGUCCUCAGGAAGAUAUAUAUACAUUGAGGGAAACAUUGCUUCAAGGAUGAAUACAAAAUCUAAAAUUCAUUUUUCUUUUGUUUAAUUAUUUGAACACAUCAUGAUGGGCAAUGAAGGGCAAUUUUCUUUCUUUCUUUUUUUUUUUAUUU